UGAAAGGUCACAAGUCCCACCGGCACCUCCACAGCGGCCAGAGAAACAGCAGCAGGAGCUUCACAGUAAUGCUGAAGAGGAAGAUGAUGAUGAGUAUACAUAUGAAGUCCCUCCAAGUGAAGGCCAGAGUAAAAUGGUGGUUCCAACCAAGGGCCAGGAGGCUGUGGAGAGCUUGUAUCUUGAUCACCCAGUCCUGAGGCGCUUCUCUGAGCCAAACAACCUCCUACAUCCAAAGCCCCGUCUGCUCCUGUCAAAGUCCGGAACAGAUGGUGGAACCGAGGAAGGGAUGUUCAACCUCCUGGCCAUUGAAAGAGCUCUGAAAAAAGGGAUGAUGAAGCAAUCCCUGCCGCCGCCGCCGUCGUCGCCGCCUCCUCCUCCUCCUCCUCCUCUCUCAGCCCGCCGGGUAUCCCUGCCAGUCCUGGGUCCCUCUGCAUCCCAAGCUAAAGCUGCCACCAGCAGAGAUCUUUUCCCAGCUGUGAAAGAUAAGGAGGAGUCCCAGGAGGAAUCCAUCUAUGUGGAAUGUGAGCCUACAACAGCCUCCAUGCCCUGCAAAGUGCUUCCUUGCCCAAUCCCAGCUUGCCCUCUGAAGCGGACCAGGCCUCAGAUCUCCCCUUCAGGACCCCAGAAGGUCCUCGCAGAGAACUUGCCUGAGGAUGGGUGCCUGAAGAGCGGAUCCCUCCCAGAUGAUUCUGGCAUGCAAAACAAGGCCUGGUAUGCAGGCAGCUGCGACCGACGUACGGCUGAGGCUGCCCUCCUACGGUAUAAUAAGGAUAGCGCCUAUAUGGUGAGGCAGAGCUCACGGCAGGGUUGGAACCAGCCAUUCACUUUGGUUGUGCUUUUCAAUAAUCACGUCUACAACAUCCCCAUCCGCUACCUGGAGGGCAGUCAUCAAUACAUGCUUGGCAAGGAUGGCAAGAGCCACAAGAAGCUCUUCGACAGCGUUUCCAGCAUCAUACAAACCUACACAGAGCAUCCCUUGGUGUUGAUUGACGGCAGUACUUCUGCCAAGGAGCAGACUUGCUUAUUGUUCCCAGUGAAGCCAUGAUGACUUUGGUGCCUGGAAAGAGUAGUAACCAGCCACACUAAGAGAUGGACUUUAUUCCUCACCUCUGGCACUAAACUGCUUCAUUUUCUAGCCAGACCAAAACAAGGCCAAAGUAUCAGGACUCAGCGUGGUACCCUGGCAUUUUGCAAAAGGUUCUGGUGAGCUAUUUUUCAUUGUCCUCCUUGCAGCAAAUGGCGAGGGUGCUUGAACUGUGAAAAUAUUCCACCAGAAGUGACAUGUAGAAGGAAAUUAACUUCUAAUAUUAAAGGGCUGCGGAGUGGAAGCUGGAGUUUAACAGGGAUUCCCACUGAAGGCACCAGUUCUGCUGUUUGUUUUUUAAAUAAAACUUGCAUGUACUUAAUUAGGGAGGCCAGACUUUAGGUUUGUUAAAUCUACUUGUUUUUUUUACUAGGACCCCAAGAUCUGCCUACCAGAGCCAGGCACAAAAGAUAUACAGAUAGAAUUAAAGAAUUACUGUAGCAGCUUACCAGCGUUUCAGGUAGGGGAUAUUCCCAGCUGUACCUGAAGGGACUGAAUUGGAGGCCUUCUGCAUGCAAAACAGAUGCUCUACCACUGAACUGUGGCCCCUUUCCCCAGGCUCCUUCACUAAUACUUUUUGAGUGUAACUUGUACAAUUACUAGUCAAUUACAGGGAUGCAAUGAAAAGCUCUUAAAUCAUUGCUUGUUUCUUAGGCCACAUACACACCACAUGUUUAUUCUGCGAUUAUUCCAGUUUAAACAGUUCAUGCCUUCACCCAGAGAAUCCUGGGAAGUGUCGUUUAUGAAGGUGCUGAGAGUUGUUAGGAAACUUCUGUUUCCCCAAAAGUUCCCACAGUUCUCUGGGAAGAAGGCCUGUUAAACUGCUCUGGUCAUUGUAGCUCUGUGGGGAGAAUAGGAGUUUCCUUCCCAUGGGCUAUGCAGCUCUAGUUUAUUUCAAUGGCUUGCACUGGAGAGGCUUUUAGCAGAUUGUUCUCCUAAGAAAGUGAGACAGUCUGGAUGAGGAGUUCAGGAAGGCUUUGUGUCUCAUACUGUGAGAUAGGAAGGGAUGCCAUUUACUCACAAGGCCUGGGGAAAGGGAGUUGGCAUUGUGUCAUGUCAACACAGAGCACAAAUCAAUACAGAAACCCUUGACAGCAAGAGUGGCUCACUCCCAACCAGCAACUGCAGGCUGUAGAUUAGCAAGAAGUAGAAUAAUGGGAGAACAAUUGCAUUCCAUAGUGAGUCAUGCUCAGGAAUGACUUUGUUUAUGUUUCUUGGAGAAUGUGGAAUCAAGCAGAUCAGGGCUGCAUCUAUGACCAGAGGAAGAUAAUCUUCUGCCACUUGAAGAUGGACUUUGCAUUUUUGAAAGUUGCAUUUCCUCCAGUUACUAGGUCAGGGGUCCCCAACUUUUCCAGGGCCUGUGGGGACACAUUUGGAAAUCUAAGAAACUUCUGCGGGCACCACAAAAUAACCAUUUCAGAAAAGAAAAACUGGCAGUGCUCAGAAGCCUCCUACCCCCAAAAUAGGCAAAACACACACAUUCUUCCAAUACAAAUAAAAUACAGACCAAAAGGGGGGGAAAGAAGCAGACAUGCUUUUUUUUAAAAAAAGUCAACCCCCUUCCCGCCAAGCUCUUAUUAUUGGAGGGGUAGGGGGGCUUGGUGGGAAUCUGGACUAUUGAAGGGCCAUAGCUCAAUGGUGGAGUAUCUACCUUGCAUGCAGGAAGGUCCCAGGUUCAACCCCUGGGAUCUCCAGGUACGACUGAGAGAGACCCCUGCCUGAAACCCUGGAGAGUGCCAGCCAGUCAGAGUACAUAAUACUGACCUAGAGGCAUCAGUGAUCUGACUCUGGAUAAACAGCUCCUAUGGCUCUGUCUUUUACCUAGUAUAUCACUGAAAAUUCAUCUCUGGCUUUCCUAAUGUAAAGGCUGCCCUGUUUCUCUUUACUUCUGUUCUCUGACUAACCAAGAACCCCUGUGCUUUGCUGAAAAAGGCAAGGAACAGAUCUGGAUAACAGCCAGGCUUUAGGUUUUCAAAUUCUGGGAGCAGCCAUUGCUUCUUUAUUCCAGAAUCCUCGAUUUGUAACCUGAUAUUGGUAGCACCUAGCGGAGACACCUAGAUCUAUUUUGUAUUUUUUUUGUUCCUGA